GGGAGCGAGCGAGAGAUGCCGCAGGUGUGCACGGAGGAGGUCGGCCUCCGACAGCUGGACAUGUCCUUGCUCUGCCAGCUGUACAGCCUCUACGAGUCCAUCCAGGAAUACAAGGGGGCGUGCCAGGCGGCCUCCAGCCCCGACGGCACCUACGCCCUGGAGAACGGCUUCUUCGAGGAGGAGGAGGAGUUCUUCCAGGAGCCCAGCUUGCUCCUUGACGGGAGGCAGCGGGGCCCGCCCAGGGACCCGAGGGACCCGGCCCUGCCCAAAGGCCCCCUCUCCGGCAGCGACUGGAUUCUGGAGUCCAUCUAAGAGGGUCUCUGGAGGGACCCGCCCGUCCUGGGCCCAGGGCCAGCAUUUUGCUUCUCUGGCAAGGAGGCGCCUCUGCUCCUGCCUGCGUUGAGGGAGGUCCCCAGGCACCUGGGACCAGUGGCCAGUUCCGUAGGCAGGGGCACCUGGUGGCCGUCUCUGUUGAUGGCGGAGUUUCUGCUCAGGUGGUUAGGUGGUGCCCGGCGGCAUCCUUGACACCCGGGGACGGGCCACUCCUGCCAGGACUCGGAGCGAGAAUGUGACGGAGGGUCCCAGCGAAGAUGCUCACGGCGUUUCCUGUGAGAGGACUCCGAGCUGCGGAGGCCUGACAGCUGGCGGAUGGUCCGCACCCUCCGUUGCGGGGCUCGUGGGGUUCGCCGGCGAGCGAUGUAUUGGAACUGACACUUCACGGCACCCUUCCUUCCUUCCCGGCCUCUUUGGCAGCCUCUUCUGCUGUUUCAGGAGCUUCUGAGCCUCUUGGCGGAGUUUUAUUUCUCUGUCGGCUGUGUCACUGACCGUCGGGUGACUCAGCGACAGCUCGUGACUGACAAAGCAAGCAUGGCAGGUCGCACCGGCCACUACAUACUCUUGUGGAAAUUCGUCUCGCUCUGUGCCCGUCAGAGGAAGGAGGAGGCGGGAGGGUCUGCUGAGGGGGAACUGGGCUCCUGUCUCGUGUCACGCGCUGUGGGGGUGGAGGGCAGACGUUUCUGUUUGGAAAGAUCCUGGAUGUUCACUGGGAUGUGAGAAAGCGGACCCCCCUCUUCACUCAGAACAGAGAUCACCUCGAGCCUUAAUCUAUUUAUUCAAAGCCUCUAUGAACACGUUACACUUUGUAGAUUAAAAUGAGGAUCAAAUAUGUU